GCCAUGCAGGUGCUUCGAGCAGAUACGGACGACCUUGUAGUUCAUCGAGCCCACCCGUCUGUAAUAAUGACCACCUUCUGCUCUACCACUCUUUUCCGGUCUUUUUCUUGUCACUUCCAUCACCGGCGCCGGUGUCAUAGCGAUUUGAACGGACCAUACGCAUACCUCAAAGCAAUAUCUAAAUUGCUGUUGAUAUAGCGACUACAACGACUAUUAAACCAGAGCCGGGAACGGAGAUAUUCUCUCAACAGUACGGACUACUUAAAAGAGAGCAAUCUCUCUCACCUUUGACGGUCUUCUCGGUCGGCUUUGCGGGAGAAGUUUUGGAACGGCAUUCUAAAUUGCCCGCCUAUUGCCGUGCAACGCGACCGCCCUUACACCAAUUUAUAUAGCCGUCUCAGCUGUCGGAAAAAAAAAAACGAGAGGAACCUAUCUGACUCAAGAUGCUGUCUUCGAUCUUGCUAGCUGUGGUCGCUUCGACCAUAGUAACAGCUCAUACAGUAAUUACCUACCCCGGAUGGCGAGGAGACAAUCUUAUUGAGAACUCGUCAUACCCGUACGGCAUGCAAUGGAUUUAUCCAUGCGGUGGCAUACCUUUGACGACGAAUAGGUCAUAUUGGCCGACCACGGGUGGAGCUGUCGCGUUUCAACCAGGCUGGUUUCAAGGUCACCAGACGGCGUUCCUCUACAUUAAUCUUGGCUUCGGCACGGACGGACCGGACCACGGGCCUAAAAACAUGUCGUUCCCUAUGAUCGCCCCUUUCCAACUCGGUCCUUCUAAGGGCCCGUAUCCCGGAACCGUCUGCUUGCCUCAAGUGCCUCUCCCUGCGAACAUGAGUUUCAACCCCGGCGAUAACGCGACAAUACAAGUCGUCGAGAUAGCACAGCACGGAGCCGCUCUAUUUUCGUGUGCUGAUAUCACUUUUGCCGAACCCGGUGACGAGAGGAUCGCCAAAGUCAAUGGAUCCAACUGUUACAACAGCACAGAUCUCGGAUUCGCUGAGAUUUACACCGUUACGACCCACGAGGCGGGUUCAGCAGCUAACGUGAGCACCAGUGGUUCCUCUGGUCUCUUGAAUAGGAGCCCUGCGACGUGGAGCUGGCUCGGUUACCUUCCCCUAUUUGUGUGUGCUCUAGGGCUCUUACUAUAAUCUGUAAGCAGUGCCCACGGUUACGAUGGCAGAGAAUGCGAAAUAGGCGAGCCAGUCGUGUUUGGAUUGUAACACCUUAUAUUUGUAUAUAUCAUGAGGCAUCGAGGGCUGGCGUAUAAGGUGGACGGCUAGGCGUUUUUUUUUCCCGUGUCCCGGCAAGCAAUUUUUCUUAUGCCGGCCGGGCCCUAUAAUUAUCGGAUGACUUAAGCUUUCUGAGUAUAUACUUGCCAUUCCUAAGACGCAAGUUUUAUAGAUCUUCAUAUCAUAUCGAGGAUCAAUUGAUACCCUUCAAGUACAUAUAUAUCCCCUCUUACUGCUUAUAACGUGCAUUCUUUUCCCUAG